GUGAAUACUUAAGAAAUUCUGAGCCCCCAAAUGAAGAUUCCGUUCACGAUGGCCAUCAAACGACAUCUCCUGCAAAGAGUAAACAUUGCUCGCGACUUACAACUAGUCACUGGUUGACCAGUGCCACAAUUAUCCAGUCCGCACGAUUCCGACCAACCUACAUCACCGGCAGCAUCCAAAACCUCUACAUCUAUACUACAGUCUGCUGGAGACAAUGCCCAACCAACAGCAUCGUCAGGGAUCUGGUCAGCUGAACAAGUCGACACAGGUCGUGAGAACGGCGACCACCUCAUCGAACAACGAAACACAAAAGGCCAUCAUAAUAUGUGGUUUUGCCGCGAUCGGGAAGUCCACCUUCUUGGGAAGCGGGUCUUACAACGGAUAUACGGUGGAUGACCUCGACUCGAGUGGAUUCUCAAAAGAGCCGGAAUGGCCAAAAAAUUAUCUCGACGAGAUCAAAAAGAAGCGUUACCAGAAGACCAUUCUCAUGAUAUCAACACACAAGGCAGUCUACACUCAACUUCUAAAAGAGGGCGUCGACCUCAUCCUGGUUUAUCCCAAGCGGGAACUCAGAUCAGAAUGGGAGGCGAGAAUAAAGGGGCGCGAAAACCGCCUUACGAAGAAGCCCUCCGUUAGUAUGUGGGAUGGUGUGGGCCCCAACUGGGACAAAUGGAUCAAUGAGUAUGAGCAGCAGAAGUGCCCGCGGUACGAAAUGUCUCAAGCGUUUCAGACAGGCUCAAGGAGCUCAAAAUGA